GAAGAUCAAGAUUCGAAUUGCUAACUUCACGUUUUUGAUCGUCAUUGUUGAAGACCCGGAAAGAAAUUCGGUAUAUUUUCUCUCCUUGCAUCAGUGUAUUCUGAAUCGUCAUCACAUCUUUGAUCUUUGAUUACGCAGUUCAGGAGAGAGUAAAUUUUCACUGAAAAUUUGAUUUAAAAAGUUGAUUUCCAGUGCAGGAUGGCUGGCGUAUGGAAACUCACACGGUUUACGUAGAAAAGACGAGUCCUCAGUCCCGUGUACGUAAAUCUGUGUCAUUUUGUGACUGUCAGUAAGGAGACUAAAGAAUCGUGGCAGAUCCCAUCGUCAUUUUUUUGUUUUACUGCUACUUGUGUGAGACUGCUUGGCUGCAACUAUGCUGUAUGUUUUUCUUGUGAACACGGGAGAGAUGCUGACUCUUGAUAUGGCUCUCACGAUGGAGAGCGUUCAGCAGCUUCAUGAUACUCUAUCAGAUGACUAUCAGAUCCCUUAUGAGAAGCAAGUCUUAUUGAUCAGCGGAGGGCAGAGUUUAGAUCCGCAGAUGAGAGUAUGCAGUUACAGUGCUGGCACAGACACUAACCCCAUCUUCCUGUUCAGUAAAGGGACCAUAGAAUCGGCAAAUCCGCCAGUGACUACCAGCAUGUCACAGACAAAGGAAGACAACCUCAAGCUUCAGGUCGAAGGACUCAAGAACCUGCCUCCUAGCUACAGUGCUGUAGUGGCACGCACCCAACUAGCCCUGCAAUUCCAUGAAGUAGCCAAGGAGAAAUUGAGGGUCUGCGAGGGAUUGAUACACAAUCAACAUUUACAACAACAAGGUUGGAUGGCUGUUAUAGCUAACUUGGAUGACAUUACUAGUGCCUUUCAACAAAGAGCACUCGUCUUCCAGCAGAACAUAGCAGACUUCCUCACUGACAGACCCAACUUUCUUCAGCGCCUUGAAGAGUUUGGAGACAUCAUUCACAUCCUUGAGAAGACGCCUCUUCUACCUUGCCUCAGGGAUGGUGAUCGGUCUCCAUGCGACCAUGAGGAGAGGGAUGUAUCCCUUAUGAUGUGGAUCAGUAGACAGGACCAGAGGAGUACUCUACAACAAAUGGCUGUGCAGUGUAGUAAAGUACUUGACCAGUUCAAUCAACCAGUCCUUGAUGCCUUGGGCAGUGAUAUUAAAUCAUGCUUAGAGGCUGUGAGUAACCCAGGAAUGAAAGAAAUCAAAGGUCUUGGAGAAAGACUAUUUGGUCUAGAGCAGCUGUUAUUACAAGCUCGUAAACUCCUCAAUGAACAGGCUGAAAUGGCUCAGGGGCUUGUUCAGAACCAGACCCGCGCUAGUAAUGUGAAAGACCCCUCAGUGCUACCGGACCUAUGCCUGAGUCAUCAGCAGCAGCUAACGGUCAUGUACAAGAAGCAUCUACAACUCAUAGACAUGAGCAGGAGAUGUGAGAUAGCAAAGGAGGAGCUCUGUCAAAACCUACAUGUCAGAUUAAGAUGGGUAAUGUAUGUAGAGCAGCAGGUCAGCAGUGUCCAUGGUAAGAUGUUGGUAUACCAUGAGAACCUGAAGAGACUACGCAAACGUUUGGAGAUAAUCCGUCAGGUCUGCAUGACGCCAAAGCUCUACGCUUCUGCUGUAGUAGAGGUGUGCAGGAGACGCCGUUACAACACACAGUAUCAAGAGUGGUCUGGGAGGAUAAGUGAGACAUCAGUGUGUGAACAUGCAGAAGAAUUGAAGAGGAGAAAAGAGUUUGCUUCACUCAUGCAUAACCACUUCCUCAAUGCACUCUUCCCUGGGUUCUAUGAACUGCCUCCAACGUUUGCAACAACACCCCCUGGUAACUAUGACAACUCCUUACCUAAUAUCAUGGACAAAGAUAUUCUUCUACUCAGGGAAAAGGUGCCUGAAUUAGCUGAAAGUCUAGAGCUUCCAUCCAAUCAACACUUCUCAUGUGUUACCUCACUACAUACUAAGCAGCUGCCAUCUCGUCCACUCUCGAUAGAGAUUGAAACUCAGACCGAACUCCUUUCGGAGGAACUUUCAUGCCAUCCUCCGCCCUCACCGCCUCCACAGCCUCUUACUGAAAACAAUGCUGAAGCGAUCUCUGAUCAAACAUCAAAAGAUGAUGACUCUGAUGGUGCAAUUACACUCGAGGAUGGCAAGGAUCCAAGGGAUAGACCGGGUUUAGAAAGUCAACUCAGCCAGCCAAGACUGUUAUCUCUUGACAUGCCUCAGACGAAUGAUAUUAUUCUGUCUCCAGACACGCCAGAGCUUGACGCAAAGUUUGAGUCCGUUUACAGGGAUGCUCCCUUCUCGUCUCUGCUUCCUGAAGUCGACAGUGAGUUUCAUUCGGCGAUCGGUAGCCCCAUGGAUGAAGGUUUGGUGAAGAAGGCCAAGAUGGAUCAGAUCCUGCCGGUUCUUAGACCCAUGGAGGAGAAUCAGACCCUGAAACAACAGCUCCAAGAGAGAGAAAAGAUACUUGAAGAGCUUGAAGAGAGGAAGAUGGUCCUUGAGAAAAAGCUCAGCGAUUCAGAAUCCAUGAUUGGUGACCUGCAGGAAAGCGUAAGCACUCGGUCGCAACGUCUUGAGGAAUCUCAGAACACCGUUGACUGCCUGAAUGAGGUUGUUCAAGCACAUGUUACAGAGCUUAGAACAAAGUGUGAGAGUAUCAAGAAGUCUGUUGUAGACACCAGGCAACAGAUGAAAAAAGAGGUUCUAGAAGCAGUGGCUAAAAUCACAGAAUAUUCACACCAGGUCAGCAAAGAUUCUGAGAGAAGACAUGUAAUCGUCAUUCAAAAAGCCGUUGAUCAAACGCAAGCAGGACUUGAAAAAGAGAAGGAGGUGCUCAGCAAACAGAUCUCUGAUCUUAAUGGACAGUUAGAGGUGGCUAAUCAAAAAUUGAUGGACCUUGAAUGCAAAGUCAGGGAGAAGGAGAGCAGUUCUGAGAUGCUCAAGUCUAAAUACCAACAAGACCUUGAGGAGGUAAAGACAAAGAUGGAAGAGGAUGAGAAGCAGAUGAUUGCAUCCAUGAAGAUGGAAUUAGAGAUGGAGAUCACAGACUUGGAAGCAAACAUAGAGGAGAAAGAGAAAGAAAUAAGGCAGCUCCAAAUAGAAUCUGUUCAGAGGCAGCAGGAAACGACUGCAAAGCUCCAAGAAGAGAAGCUGCAGGAACUUGAUAACCUGAGGAAGGAGAUGGGGGCAUUGCACAAGAGUGAGUUGAAUAAACUUGAAAUGGCAUUGCACAGCAGACAUGUUGACGAGUUUGCUGACUUUAAGAGAUCCAGUACAUUGCAGACGGAGAGUGAGUUAGAAAAACAGAGGAAGCAUUUGAUGGAGGAGCGCAGUGAAGUCAUUAAAACGAUGGAGAAAGAAGCCGAGGAGAGAUUGAGGACAGCUAGGGAAGAGAUGCAGGCAUCUUGUCAGAAGACACUGGAAGAAGAACAGAAGCAAGGUCUAGAUGCAAUGGAAAAGCAGAAGAAAGAGAUGGAGGAGAGAACCAAAGAAAUUAAUGAUCAAAAGAAGAAGCAUGAGGAAGAGAUGAGGAAAAUAGAAGACGAAUGGAAGGAAAAGUUCCUGAAGGAGUUCCGUGAGUUAGAGGAAUUGAAUGAGAGGAGGAUGGAAGAAGCAAGAAGGCAACAUGAAGUGGAGAUGGAAAGAAGACGGACGGAAGAAACAGAAGGUAUUGAGAGGAUAAAAAAGGAGAUGCAGAGCCAAUUUGAGACAAGACUUGCUGAGGUGACAUCCUCAAGGGACAAACAUGAAGCUCAAGUGCAGAACCUUCAAGAAGUUCUAUCACGACUCAAGGCGGAAACUUGUCAGAAGGAGGAGGAGCUUAAUGCUAAGUGGGCGGAGUCUAUCGCCGUGGAGAAAAGCAGUUGUGUGGAGGCUGCUGUGGAAGAGGAGAGGAAAGAGGGAGAGAAACGGUUAAGAGCUUUGAGGGAGAGACUGGAGGAGGAGAAACAAGAAGGUAUCAGGAUUGCAGUAGAGAUGGCCAAGUUUGAACAAAGCCAGAAUGAUGCAGAACAGACUGCAUCCAGUUCUUCUACCGAGAGCACAUCUUCCAUGGCUUCCACCAGUCUAUCGGCUAGCCAACAACAGGUGUCUUUCAACAAGGCUAUUGCAAAGGUGGCUGCCACAAAGGAUAAACGUAUUGCAGAACUAGAGGCUAGAGAGAGGGAAUUGGUGGAGGAGCAGCACAGAUCUAAAGACACUAUUGAGAAGCUAUUGAUGGACAAGACUGACCUUGAUACGGAACUAAGAGCUGCCGUACUCAAGGCUCAAGAAAGGGAAUGGCAGGCCAUCAGGGAGAAAGAGAGACUUGAAGAAAGGAUGAGGAAGAGCGGGGAUCUUGCUGCAGGGAACGAAGAUGACAGGGGUAGUCCAGCUGAGAUGGUAGUUUCUACACAAAGUGAUGGUCUGAUGGAGGUUACUGAAACCAGAGACCAACUCAAAGCUUUACUUCAUACCAAGGAACAAGAAUGCAGCACCCUCAAAAGACAACUGAUCCACAUGAGAACAUCAUCACCGGGUGGUAGGAUGGAGAAAGUUGCUAUCUCAGAUAUCAGUCUUGGAGAUUUGGUGUUCAUCUUUUUUCAAGAAGGACAGGAGAACUUCAUGGUGUACAGUCUAGAACCAACCCUGUAUUUCCUACACACUGAAUCACUGAGUGCUCUAGGUCUCAGAUCAAAGGGACAAGCUGUAGCAAAGUUCAGUUGGAUCAUUGCUCGUAUUACUGAUAAGGAAUACUGCCAAGCUAAGAAGGCCCAGAAUAGAUUCAAGGUUGCAGUAGGUACCAAGUUCUACCGCGUCAAGGCAAUACGCUACGACCCGAAAGUGGAGCAUGUCCCUCGGAAGUGAUCAAUAUACGUUGUUAGUCUAUUCACUCCAAGAAUCUUAAUACCCUCUCACAGGCAAAAUUUUCCUUAACCCCAUAAUAUAGGUGGGGUCAAUUGGCAAGUUAGCCCUACCUAUAUAGUACAGGGUUAAGCUUAGCCCUCUUUCUAUUCCUGUAACCUUUAUGCAAAGUGGGCCUACCCCACUUAAAGUAUGGGAUUGUUUGGUCCUGGAAAAUAUCAGGGUUAGCCAAGCAAAUUUAGCCGGGCAGUUGUGGCAUUAAGUUUUGGGUUAAGAGUCAUCAUGAGAAAAGAAACCCGGCCAAGGCAAGGACAGUGUUUGAUGUAUGCCAUCAGGGCAACUGAGCCAGCACUAUCGUCAGAGAUAAGAGCUCAUUAAUAGCUACUGCUAAUAAUAGCUGGUUUAUGUAACGCUUUUUGCCUUUGAGGAUACAAAGAACUGCUAUUAUUACCCCGGCUUUAGCUCGAGCUACCAUCAUCAGCGCUCAGUGCAUUCAAGGAAUUAAUCCUUACGGUUACCCAUUC